AUGCUAUUGUUGCUUUUAGUCAAUCUUUGCAUAUUCACGACAACACUAGUGCAGGCCACGUUUGUUAAUAGUCAAUACUGCGAUAUCUCGCCGGAAUUGCUCAUAUUUCGACCGUUCAUCACCGAUGCCGCCUUGGAUGAAGUCAACAAGAAGUUGAAAUUCUUCAUCAAUACCCAGGUGAUGAGCUCGGAUUUCCAGCAAAAUCAAAACCGCAGCGUCAUCAUCGACGAUGUCAAUCCCCAGACAAAUCGAUACACCACUUUCCAUGUCGACAUAGACUUUAUGGGGAAAAACUUUAUCAGUGAAGACUUGCGGUUUUGCCAAAUGAUUUCAGUCAAGAAUACCGAACUUUUUCGAAAUAGUCCCCGAUUUGACAACACGAACACGAGUGUCAGUGCAGCUUCGACAAACAAAAAAUUUGAUCUAGAUGACCUGGCUUGGGACUCGCUGCAGAGUUUACUCACUCAAGAGGACUCCAAUUACACAGCUAUAGGUCAAACAAACACUACGAUUCAAAAUUUCUUCACCAAUGCCAGAGGCGAAUUGGUGACUUGCCCCUUGUAUUACAACGAUUCAAUCAUGAUUUACUAUGAAGCCGAUAUCAGUGCUCAUUUCCAUAGGCUAGGCUCUUAUCAAGUGAAAUUUAGUGUUGUUUCCAACGACGAAACUCCCUUUGUGAUUGGGUGCAGCAACUCGUACGUGACUCCGUUCCAGCCUGAUAUAAUCAAUAAUAUAAUCAGCAUUGGUGUCUUGGUUGUCAUGGUGGUGGCCGCUGCCAUCGACAUCUUUAACGUAACCUAUUCCUCGUAUCAGGAAUCGAGCAACCCGUACUUGUUUAGGGCAUCCACCAUUUGUAACGAUGAGCUAUUAAAACAGGUUGACGCGGGCGUCCCUGGCUAUAUCAUGUAUUUGCAAUAUGCAUUGUUUUUGGGUGGACUUCAAUUGAUGUACCCUGGGUUCCUCCAGCCAAUGAUUGGCCAGAUUAAAUGGUGUGCUUUGCUUGGGUUCGAUUUCAUCAAACACCCUUACUACUAUGAGUCUUAUCGCCAAGAUAACGUCUAUGUGACUCUCUCCGGCGGAGGACUUACGGGGUUGUCGAUAUAUGGAGGCGAGAGUCCACUCAUCAACAGCUGGCCCAACUUUAUGGUGGUUUUACUUGUUCUUUGCGUCAUAUUGAUUGUGACAAGACAACUUUUCAUUGCCGCCAAGCUCGUUACCGAUAAGUUUUGGAAGAAAUGGUUCAACAGAAGCUUGAACAAAUACGAGGCCUCAUUUGAAUUCUUUUCCCGCAAAAAUUUGUAUUUGGUGGUGGGCCAAGUUUGCGAAAUGUGGUUCUUUAUCUAUGGCAUGCCCUUUUUGGUACUCACUUCGUUUUUGUUUCUUGCCGCCAGCGACGUCAAUGGCAACCACAGGAAAUUUGCCAGUUUUGAAGCACUCGAAAAUGGCGCAUUCUCAUUCACCACAUGCUAUCAGGACUUGAUGAUCCCGCAAAGUGUGUUUACUUUUGGAGUUAGCAACGCUCCGCCGUUGCAGCCUAUAUAUUACAGGAAACCAGAUCACGUCAAUUUUCACGAUUUGGACAAGAGACAUGUGGCUCCCGCCACUGAUGCCACGGAUGGCUAUGCUUCGAUGAGUAUUGACACUGCUAGCCUUGCACUGGGUAAAACAGAGUACAUGCAUAUCCCCAACAUUUUCAUCAUCUUGGGAUCGCUACUAUACGCAUUGUGGAUCUUUCUUCCGCUAUACUUUAUCUUCCACUACUUGAUUCACAUCACCAAAAAAUUAAAAGUGGAGACAUCGCGCAAUGUUUCCAAAUUGUACACUAACUUAAGAACAAUCUUGUUUUGGUCGUAUUUAUACAAUGCCUAUAAGCCGCAAAGGGUCAACUAUGUCAUUGUUGAUAUUGCAGUGUUGUUUGCCCAGCUGAUGGUUAUUGGGCUUUUGCAGAGUCACGGCCAAGUGCAGGUAUACUGCCUACUAGUAAUAUCCAUUACUGAAACACUUGCUCGAUUUUUUUGCAAGCCAUUCUUUGUCAAGAUCCGACCGUGGUCAACCAAGUUUAUCUUUCCCAUUGGCAAAUUGUUGACCACUGCCUUGUGCUUGGUUUACAUUUCGUCAUGGGAAAUCAGCGAAACCGUCAAGACAUACGUUGCAUAUACCCAGUUGGCGACCCAUCUCGUGGUGUCGAUCAUCUUUAUCAUCCAGAUGAAUUUCUGGUUGAUCAAGACUGUCAUAUCCAUUUACAGAAACAGAAAAGUCAAGUUGCCCAAUGUGGAGCAAAUCAGCCGUGUCAACACAUUUGAUGAGUUUGAAAAGCAAUUUGAAUAUAGACCCAUUGUGUUGUGCCGCCCCAACCCCACGCACGCUACCUUGUGUAAAGACGACUGGUACUGUGCAUCGGUUACUGACGUUUAUUCCACGGGGGUUGAAGAUGAGUUUUUGUUUCGGGGAAACAACACCUAUGUCAACGACGACGAUGAUCAUGGUGUCCAUUCCGCAUCCGAUUUGGAUUCAAAUUAUUCAUUUAUUCAACAACAAAAGGAGUCGAAUUUGAGGAAAUUGAAAAAUGACUAUAAAGUGCGCGAGGCGGAUCAAAUUUAUGAGAAAUAUUUCACUGAUGAUCAAAUUGACCCUGAAGUGAAGGAGCUAUGGGAGUCGAGAAAAUUGGCCAAUAAUAGCUUUAAUGAUAUUAAUCUGGAUCCAGGAGGAGGAGGAGGUGGAGGUGUGGGCGCCAUUAAUGAGUUUACAAUGAGAUUUAGAAACGUGUUGCAUCGGAAACCAAAAGAGACUGGAUUUCAAGUUUCGCGGCCUAAGCAGUUGGUGGUGAAGACGUUGGCUGAGGUGCAGCAACAUCAGCAACAACAACAACAUCAUCAACAGCAAGAGCAUCACCAGCAGCAUACUCCAAAUGGUAAUAUUGUAGACGGGGUUGAAUAUGAAGAGUCCAAUUGUGGUAUAAUUCGUGAUCGAAGCACAUCCAUGUCACAAGAAAGCACGGUUGAUAAAAUUAUAACAGAGUAA